AUGGGUUUUCGUUUACCUGGUAUCAGAAAGGCAUCCCUUGCUGCAAUCCAAGCAUCUUCAAAAGCCUUGAAUGUGCCAAAGGGCUACCUUGCAAUCUAUGUUGGAGAGAAAAUGAAGCAGUUCGUGAUCCCCUUAUCAUACUUGAACCAGCCUUCAUUUCAAGAUUUGUUGAGUAAAGCUGAGGAAGAAUUCGGGUAUGAUCAUCCAAUGGGUGGUCUCACAAUUCCUUGCAGAGAAGAUGUGUUCUUAGAUACCUCUUCUCGCUUGAAUAGGUGUUAAUCACAUGAAGAUAAAACUGACAUAUAUAGACGUAGACUAAACUUGACACAUUUUUGUAUCAUAGUUUCUUUGCCUUGAAAAUAUUCCCUCUCCAUUUUUGUUAUCUUAC